AUCUGUCCAUCCCUCAAAUGUCUUCGCUGCACAUUGCAAAGCUCUUCAUCUACCCUAUCAAGUCAUGCUACGGCAUUGAGCUUCACAGUGCCCAAGUUCGGCCCGAAGGGCUUGACCUGGACCGACGCUGGUGUCUAGUCAACUCGGACAACAAGUUUCUCACCAUUCGUGAGAUUGCCAAGAUGACACUCAUUCGACCGCGUUUAUCUGAAGACGAGAGUGAGCUACUUGUAGAAAUUCCUGAUGAAAAAGGUACGCUGGUUCUCGCUGUGCGCGUGCCAACGCGUCCGACUCGAGAACAUCUUGAUUCAUCGACAACACUUCAGACUAUGACGAUUUGGAAAGACUCACCAGAAGCUUGGAUUUAUGACGCAUCGGUCACAGAAAAGCUAAGCGAAUUUCUUGGUCAACCUGUGCGGCUUGCCUGCAAAGCGCCUGGUGCGAGUGAUCGAGAAUUACCAGGACCUUCCUCAUCUACUGCCCUUGGCCGAGAGACGAGUGUUGGUUUUGCUGAUUUCUUGCCCGUGCUUGUUGCCUCUCUCAAGUCACUGGAAGACCUCAACCAAAGGCUAGCCGAUGCCAAGACGGCUGAAGAGCGCUCUCCGGUGACGAUUCGGCGUUUCAGACCGAAUAUCGUGAUUGAUGGCGACGCGCUCGAAGCUUGGUCUGAGGAUUCUUGGAAGUGUAUCAGCUUCUCAACAAAGGAAGGGAGAGCUUUGACGCUGGAUCUGACAGAAAUUUGCCUGCGUUGUCUGGUGCCAAACGUCGAUCCGGAGUCUGGCGUCAAGAACAAGCAUGAGCCGUGGGAUACGGCCAUGAGCUACCGCCGAAUUGUGCCGAGCAAGAGAUACAAGCCUGCAUUCGGUAUGCUUGCCGUACCGCGGCCCUCUGCAGUGUCUGCAGAAAAGAAUGCUGUCAUCGGAACUUUGCAGGUUGGUGCCUGUUUGACGGUGGAGGAAUCUGUCGAGUCGGAUCAAGGCGAGGUGCCCAUGGAGGAAACGCCUGUCCAGAACGAAGGCCUUCUCGGUUCAAUCACAUCACGCGUGUCAUCUUGGCUUUCAUAAACUUGUUCAUCAACAUAAAUACAUAAAGAGCACAUACCAGUCCAAAUCAAUCACUUGAUCCCUUUA